UGAUACUUUGCAAAGUAAACAAAUCAAAUUAUUGCCGCAAAAUAUAUUAAUAAUGAAACGACUGGCAAGGCUUGUGAUUAUUUUGCUGGCGUGUGCACAGAUUAAUGCCGAUAACUCGGUAGACCAGGGCAAACGAAUUGAAAUGAAUAAUACAAAUAUACGAUUAUUAAAAACCCAAAUCGAUGAUGCAGUUAACGAAAUAAACAUAAUCAAAUCAUUGGAAGAAAUGAAAACAGUGCUUGCCGCUUUAAGGCUCGAAAUGUUGAAAAUAUAUCCAACUUAUUGUUUACCUGAUGGAAAAUCUGCCGGAAAUCAUAGCAUUCAGUUAAGUGAUAAAACUAUUGAGGUGAUCUGUGAAGCGGCAACUGCCGGACCUGGAUGGAUAAUAAUCCAACGACGCAUCGAUGACGAUGUCAAAUUUGAUCGGUCUUUCAGGGAGUACAAGGAUGGAUUUGGCAACUUGGAGAACAGUUUUUUUAUUGGACUUCGCAAUUUGUAUGCAUUGUUAUCAGUUCAGCAGCACGAACUGUUCAUAGCUCUUGAAAGUUUAAGCGGCGAAACGCGUUAUGCCAGAUACAAUAACUUUCAAAUUGGCAAUGAGAAUGCCAGAUUCAAGCUGUUAUCUUUGGGUGAAUAUGAAGGAACUGCUGGAAAUGGAUUACACAAUUCUCUGGGCAACAAGUUCUUACCCUACGAUUCCACAAUCAUUACGUACGAAAAAGUUACUAAUAACGGUUGGUGGAUUGACGAGGCUCGAAAUGGCAUAGAAAGCAAUCUUAAUGAUAUCAUUAGUCAAUGGAACACUUGGCCUGUCAGCUUCAAGUCUGUGAAGAUGAUGAUACGUCCCAUAAUGCAAACCAAUCGCUCGUGUGAAGCGAAGAAAGAAGUUCAAAAUAUUGCGACAAGAGUUCGCGAUUGGUUUGGCUAUUAAACUUUAUUUUUGAUUUAUUAUGAAAGCAUUUGUUUCUAUAUAAAUCCUUUUUAUUUUAAAUAAAUAUCAGAAUAUCA